AUGAUCCCCCCUCUUCCAUCUGCCACGCCAACCUGGCACAAUGACACCUAUCAAUCAAUAUCCCCGUCCCGUCCGGAACUGAACGUCUCGGGGAAAACAGUCAUAAUCACCGGAGCGGGCAGCGGAAUCGGACAAGAAGCGGCUCUCACAUUCGCCAAAGCCGGCGCCAGCAAGCUUGUCCUCCUCGGUCGUGACGAGAGCAAGCUAGCAGAAACGCAGCGCUUGGUGGCGGCUCAAGCAGAAUCAAAGUCAGAAAACCCCAGCGUCAUUGUCUGCGAUAUAUUCCCCGUUAGUGUCACAGACGAGAAGACGAUGCAGGAUAUUGCGGGCAAAGUUGGUACUUGGGACGUAUUGAUUCUCGCUGCUGGGUUUCUAUCCACUCCGGGGCCGGUUGUGUCAUCUCCCUUGGAUGAUUGGUGGCAGAGCUUUGAAACCAAUGUCAAAGGCACAGUAAUCGCAGCAAACGUAUUCCUACCUACAGCCCGUCUUCCACCCGCAGACUCAUCGUCCAUUCAUCCCAGCGCUGCGAUUCUCUCAUUGACCACAGGCCCGGCUACUACUUUUCCUGCAGGCCAUUUGAAGGGUCUGUCAGCUUACAUGUCCUCCAAAACCGCAGGGGUCAAGCUUAUCGAGUUCCUGGCCGCCGAGAACCCCCAUGUGUUUUGUGCUAGUGUGCACCCUGGCAUGGUUGAGACGUAUAUUUUCAAUAAGAGUUUGAGUAAUGCUGCUGUGUUGCCUAUGGAUACAGUUCAACUUCCGGCGCACUUCUUACUGUGGAUGGCUAGUCCCGAGGCAGGGUUUCUCAAUGGUCGAACCGUCUGGGCUAACUGGGAUGUGGACGAGCUCAAGGCUAUGGCAGCGAAGAUUGAGGCUGGGAGGUUGAUGACCGUGGGGUUGGAGGGGUGGCCAUUUUCAUAG